GAUAAGAAUUAUGGCUAUGGCAUUAUCAUAAGGUGUAUUAACAGUAUUAUGAAUAUUUUAAGUAUUAAAUAAUUUGUUUUCAAAAUGAGAAAGAGAACCGAAAGCGAUAAUUUACAUAAUAAUUCAAAUUGUAGUCACAGUGGUGACAGUGUGAGUGUCAGAGUUAGUGAGAACACUGACCAGAUGAAAACACCAGCAAUAAUCGAUUUAAAAACAGCUGGUUUGAAUCAACUAUUUAAAGUCAGUUUUAGACUUCCAAUCAGAAAAAUACAUCAUUUGAAAUGUUUUACUUCUAGCAAUACAGAACAGAAAAAUAUAAGUGAUGGAGGUAUCUUUUGUUACCAGAAUCAUAUUGUCAACAGAGUAGAAAUAAUGGGCAUUGUAGUCAGAGUGGACAGAAGAGAAAAACACAACAGUUAUGCAGUCGAUGAUGGAACUGGAGUCAUUAACUGCACUUGCUGGAAGAAUUCCAGGAUAUCAUCCUGUUCCAAAGAAUUCUCUGGACGUCUUCCCCAGUCUUUACAAAGUAAAUUCGGAGAAUUAAUUGUGCAUAACCGCACCAACAUGUUAGAAGGUUAUGACCUUGGUGAUCUGGUCCUGAUGUGUGGCAGAGUGACUGUGUUUCGGGAUAGACGAGAAAUUAAUGUCCUCUAUCAUCGUCGAAUAGACAACCCUAAUGCAGAAGUCGAAAGAAUGUCAAAAAUGUCAACCUACCGUAAAGUCUAUGAUGAGCCUUUCAUGCUUUCUCCAAAUCUAGAGAAACAGUUUGUAAAGAAUGUAACUGGAAACAGCUUGCCAAAUGUUCUGGAAAGAGCUAUACUUCAAAUAUUAAAUAAUCCAGUCAAUGAAAAGACAGAACUUGAUCCAAAGGAAAUGCUGUCAUGGUCGGCCAUAUCUUCAGUGUUUCAAUCUCAUGAGAAAGACGCCUCGGCCAAAAUAGACGAUCUGGAAACGGCCAAAAGAGACGCUCUGGAAACGUUGACGGCUGUGCUUCUUCACCUGGAGUCUUCCAAUGGAUGUGUUCUCUCAAGGCCGGGUCAGAUAUUUGAGGUCAUUCGUCCAGGCUGCCCCCUAGCCAACAAAGUAAUGGCGAUCAUAAAUGAAGCUUGCACUGGUGGUAAAAAUGCCGAGAGGGGAUGUCAUCGUCUGCAGGUGGAGGACACGCUGCGCCGGUCACGUGUCUACAGCUCAGUCCCGGCCUGUGUGGUGACCUACUUGCUGGACUGCCUGGAGACCAGCAGUGACCUGUUCAUGAGCGAGCCCCAGAGAUACAUGGCUCUGCAGACGUGAGGCGGCAUCGUGCAUGGGAAGGAGAAGACCAAGAAGCAAAAGAUAAAAAAAAGGAGAGAGAAUGUGUUGAGGGAGGAUGUAAAGAGGAGGGGGAGUGUUAAGUAUCUCAGUUGAAUUAUUUCACUCUGUGCAACGUACAUAAUUUUUUUUCUAGGCCAGGACUGUGUUAAUUGUUUAGACCAACUAAGAUUGUACCUGCUUUUUUUUUCUUUUGCAAUUGCCAAUAGAGAUACAAGUCAGUGUGGGUACAAUUAGAGGGAUACAAGAUUCAUUUGACUUCCUUCCACCCCCUUUUUUCCCCCAAAAAAAUUCUUUCAUAAAGGAAUUGCCAUUUCAAUGUAGCAACAUACUACAAUGAUUAUAAUAAUGUAGCACGAAUUUCUCUCAGAUGCCUAUUGGCAUACCCCCAUUAGUAAAUAUUUUAGCCAACAAAGGAAAUGUAUAUAAAUGUUCAGAUGAGCUUCCCACCCAGGAGCCAGCACCGCCCUGUGUUUAUUUCAUUACUUCUAAUGACUGUGCUCAUUGUUUCUUGAAAGAAAUGUAAUCUUGAUGUACUUUUUGUUUUGCUUUGUUGAAAAUGAAUUUGAAGAAUAAAUCAAAUGCAGUUUUAA